AUGUUUCACCGCACAACGGGCGCACUGCCCGCCCUGCUACUGCUUGCCGUCUCCCGCCUCGCCAAUGCGGCCUGCGAGUGCGGAUACUCGCUCAACACCACCACCGACGCCGAUCACGCCGUCUUCACCGAGCUGCAAGAAAACGACUUCUUGCACGUCGACACGGACAACUUCCGCGAGGUCGGCUGGCAGCCCCAGGUCUACAAUGUCUCGGCCGUCAACGCACGCGGCCCCUUUGGCAAGAACAUGGAACUGCACAACGUCGUCGCAAACCCCUUCACCAAGUCGGACGUCUGGGCUGGCGAUGCGGAUCAUGGGGGCGACGCCGGUCUGGAGCUGUGGGUGCGCGGUAACAAUUCCAAUGGCUUCGUGAGCGGCGCGGAGAUGGUCAGCCAACGGACCGAUGCCCUGCAUGGUUCCUUCCGUAUUGGCAUGAAGCUGUCCAACUCGUCUGGCACUUGUGGUGCCUUCUUCUUCUACCACAACAACUCGCAAGAAAUCGACAUGGAAUUCCUGUCUCACCAGUUCAACGGCUCCCAGGGCGCUGUCAACCUCGUCCUCCAGACGCCAGAAUCCGUCGCCCAUGGCUACGAUGCGUCUGGCACCGCCGAGUUCAAGGUCCAACCCCUCCCCUUCCGCCCCGAUCAAAUGUUCCACGAGUACCGCUUCGACUGGACCCCUGGACGCGUUGCCUUCUACGUCGACGGCGCCUUCUUGUACGAGGUCACCGAGAACGUGCCCACCGAGGGCGGCGGCAUCUUCAUGAACCACUGGAGCAACGGCGACCCAUUGUGGUCUGCAGGCCCGCCCGACAGCGACACCGUCAUGACGGUCGCCUACACCAAGUUCUACUUCAACUCGACCGACACGGAGCGCUCGCAAAACGACUACCGGGAGCGAUGUCCCACGUACGAUCCGGCCAAGGUCUGCGCCAUUCCUGCCCAAACCACGCCUCCCGACCCAUCGCUGGGCCCCGAGGCCGCCAAGUCGUACUUUUUCUCGCGCGAGGAGAACAUGACGCCUGGUCAGACCGUCUUUGGCAACGCCGCGCCUGUCUUGGGUGCGCCCACAGUGUCAAUAGCAGUCCCAUUACUCGUCACUCUCCUCAGUUGGGCGCUGACAUAG